AUGCCCCACCGCGUGGCCAACUUCCUCCGCACAUCUUCCGGCAACAUUGCUCAGAUCAAGAAGGUUGCCAUCUCGCGAUCUCGCACCACCAGCCCUUACACCUCUGAUGGCGAGGACCAGGCCAAUUCGCUGUCCGUCAAGAUGCCCGAACCCGUCGACGGAGUAAAAAAGCACCACCGCAUUUCUCUGCCCUUUGGCAAGUCCUCCAAGGACCACCACCCCUCACCCGUCUCGCUCGGCUGGAGCAUCGAGAGCCCUCCCGUCGUCUUCCACGGCAACGCCGACGAGAGCACCGGCGCCCUGGUCACCGGCCAGAUGUUCCUCGAUGUCCGUGACGACCUCGUCGAGAUUGGCACCUUUACUGCCGCUCUCCGCUUGCACACUGUCCAGAAGCGUCCCUUCCAGGGCCACUGCACCGACUGCUCGAACCAGUACACCGAGUUGCAAAGCUGGAAGUUCCUCGCUCUGCCUACUUCUCUGCGACGCGGCCGCCACACCUUUCCCUUUUCCAUUCUUCUGAAUGGCAACCUCCCCGCCUCCAUGGACACUCCCCUCGUGGCAAUUAGCUACGAGUUCAACGCCGACGCUCUCGUCACCAAGAGCUCAUGCUCUCACACCGGCUCCUGCGCCCCGGUCCGCUUCGAGAAGACGAUGACGGUCAAGCGAUCGCUCCCCGAGCAUGAUCUCCCCCAUCACUCCGUCCGAGUCUUCCCCCCGACCAACAUCAAGGCCAGCGCCCACUACAGCUCCAUCAUCCACCCUACUGGCACAAACAAGGUGUCUCUUCGCCUCGACGGCCUAGUAACCCGAAACGAAAAGGCCAAGACCAUCGACUUCUGGCGACUAAAGAAGGUCACCUGGCGCCUCGAGGAGACCAUCAAGACCGUUGCCCCCGCUUGCGGGCGUCACUCGCCUGCCCCGAAUGCGACUGAGGCCGAGAAGAAGGGCCUAACCCGCACCGAGGUCCGCCUCCUCGGCGAGAAGCAUCUCCACGAGGGCUGGAAGUCGGACUUUUCAGGUGCCGACGGUAACGUCGAGAUGGAAUUUGAGUACUUUGCCAACCAGUACAAGUCGCACACUCGCGAGCUCAAGUACGCCUGCGACACCAAGACCAAGGACGGCACCGAAGUUACGCACUCGCUCCUCAUUGAGCUCGUCGUGUCCCGAGAGUACGCCCCCGAGGGCAAGCCUCACAUGGCCACUCAGACCGGCACCGGUCGCAUCCUGCGAAUGCAUUACGGCGUUGUCAUGACCGACCACGCAGGGAUGGGCGUCAGCUGGGACAACGAGGCACCUCCCGUCUACCAGGACGUUCCUCCUAGCCCCCCAGCUUACCCAACCAUGGAGCCCCCAAUCGAGUAUGAGAACCUCGAGCCCCUCGAUGCUCACCGGUUGAGCGCCGAGUCUUCGGACCGACAAUCCGGGGACCUACUUCGACGCGCAUCGGCAUGA